GACAGCUCCAGCUCGCGUUGCUCACCCAGACAGAAAGCGGAGGGGGGAAGACAGAUCCUCCAUGAGCGCGCUUUCGUGAUGCGCAACGCGUGCGUAAAGCAAAGAGCCCACCUAAACAGCAGCCCAAAAGACACUUCACAACUGUUUAUUUACCACUGAACAAACAUGUGUUUUCUUUUGUUCAUAUGUGAUAUGAUGCCUUAGAAGACUACGAAUAUGGAGAAUAUAUCUACAUCGAGCAGCCGCAGCGCAGCUCCAGCUGUGUGUAACGAAACCAUGGACUAUUAUCUGAGCGCAACUAACCGGACAGAUCUCAACUGUACGCCAUCGUCGGAGUUUUAUUUUUACGCAGACCUCUACGUGGUCCUCCCGGUAAUAUAUUCCGUGAUAUGUGCCGUGGGGCUAACGGGGAACACGGCAGUUAUCUACGUUAUCCUCAAAGCGCCCAAAAUGAAGACAGUGACCAACAUGUUUAUUUUAAACUUGGCAAUAGCCGACGACCUAUUUACUUUGGUUCUACCCAUAAACAUUGCCGAGCACCUUCUGCACUACUGGCCCUUUGGAGAGGUGCUCUGUAAAAUUAUCCUGAGCAUUGAUCACUACAACAUUUUCUCCAGCAUUUAUUUCCUAACGGUUAUGAGCAUUGACCGUUACCUGGUAGUCCUGGCGACGGUGCGUUCUAAGCGCAUGCCAUAUCGUACUUACCGAGCGGCCAAGAUAGUCAGCCUGUGCGUCUGGAUCCUCGUGAUCCUCAUCGUGAUGCCAUUCACCGUCUUCGCCGGGGUCUACAUCAGCCCGGACGACUCGGACCGGAAAAGCUGUGUCCUUAGCUUCCCGAGCCCGGAGAGUCUGUGGUUCAAAGCCAGUCGGAUAUACAUGCUGAUCCUCGGUUUCGCCAUCCCCGUGUCAACCAUAUGUAUCCUCUACACCAUGAUGCUCUACAAACUAAGGAACAUGCGCCUCAACUCCAACGCAAAAGCGCUGGACAAAGCCAAAAAGAAAGUAACUAUCAUGGUUUUUAUAGUUCUAGCCGUUUGUCUGUUCUGUUGGACCCCGUUUCACCUCAGCACCAUCGUGGCUCUCACCACCGACCUGAGAACCACGCCGCUGCUCAUCGGCAUAUCAUAUUUUAUCACUAGCUUGAGCUACGCAAACUCGUGUCUAAACCCUUUUCUGUAUGCGUUCCUGGAUGACAGCUUCAGGAAAGCAUUCAAGAAGAUGCUAGAAUGCAGACCAGCAUGAAUACAAUUAAUAAGAGGUUAUGAUUAUUGAUGCACUCAUACACAUUAUCUUUGCUUGAAUCCGUUCGGCACUCUCUCAUUGCAAUGAUAUUACUUAAAUACAUAAUAGGGAAUGUUCAUAUAAAAACUGGCAACUCAACCCUAGUCAUAAAGAAUGGGGAAUAGUAUGUCGUUUUUUCCAGUUACUUUAUCAUGGACGUUUGUCUCCCUCUACCGUCCAAUUACGAAGUUACACUGUAGUGAAAACCUUUCAAAAUAAAGGCUUUUCAAAAUAAAUGCGGUAAUAAACGCCGACUCAAGCCAGUGAUGUAGAGGCUGCCUGUACACUUGCUGUAAAUAUCUGUUCUUCUUCAGGCCCGUCAAUGUCAACCAGUCAGACUGGUGAAAACUAAUGUAAAGUCAUUUUCAAUGCAUAUUCAAUGGUCUAUUAAAUAAGGGACAGAACUGGUUCUACAUGUUCUCACCCAGCCGGUAUGAACUAUAAUAAGAUAUAUCGCCAUGCUCAAGUUCAGCAUAUAGUUGUAUCAUUCAAGUAACUUUGCAGACAUUUUUAGGUUUCCAGAUCAUUUCUGGCAUAUCUGAAACCCUGUGGCAGGGAAUUCUGGAAAACCUGGGACUUUUAUGAGAAAAGUUACUGACUUUUUGCAACUGAAUUUCAGCUUUUCAGAAGCCAAGUAAAUCACUCAGAUAUACAGUAGGCUCACAGCUCACACUUACAUAUUGUAACAUAAGGAUGUUCAUAUAUAGUUUUUUCUUUUUUUUAAUAUCUGCUGAAAUAAAAUAAGCAAAAAACAGUGUUGUUUAUUUGUUUAUCGGGUUCCAUAUUAUUAGUAAUGCAUCUUCUGACUGAGGGUCUUGGGCUCGGUUUCAGUGUCCCAUCCUCACUGUUGUAGAUCCAGGCACAUGUGUCAGUUACCAAUCGAAUGUAUAUGUGAACAUGGACUUUUAUUACAUAUUCCAUCCUUUCAAAAUAACAGUGGUUACAGUGCAGAAGUACACGUUGAUACUGGGUCUUUGCUUAUUCAUUGAAUAAUACUAUUUGUUAUAUAGUAGCCUGCAUGCUGACACAUGGACAUUAAUGCCAAUAUGAAGUUACUCAUAUAAUAAAUGUUACCACAAAGUCACUGUUUAGUUAUCUACAGUAUUUAAAAAAAAAAAAAAAAGGAAACAUAUGAAGAUGUCAGCUAAUCUAGUUAUUAAGAGUGUUGGACCAGCUAGUUUACAUUUCUGACAUGACAAGCUGAAGUGGCUGUCAGUGUAUCAUUGAGCAAGUCAUGUAAAUUGCUUCUGUAAUGCGUGACAAUGGAGACCUUAGAUGCAGGUUGUGGGUUGGCAUAUGCAAAAAAAUUUAAAAUAGGUCAGUAUACACAUAUAUACAUAUAUGAACUUGUACUUAGGAUGUGUGCCAAAAGAAAAAUAAAAG